GGUGUGAUCUCGGGAUAUAAACACAGGCGAGACGGUUGAGAAGCCCCCGAGCAAAACCAUCUCAGCGUCGCGACUGGCACGACAUCUCAGCACCAGAGCGACAAUUUGUGACUCGCUUGGGCUGCUCCCAUACGACCUGACCACCCCCACCCCACGAGAUGCCUGCGACCUCUGACCCCGCGUGGCCUCGGGCCGCGUUGUUGCGGUGCCGAGUGUUGGCCCUGGCGCUGUCCUUGGUACUGGCGGUGGGGCCCACGGGUCGGCCCGGGGUGGACGGCUGCUCCUGUGCCUCCAGCAUGCACCCCCAGCAGGCGUUCUGCUCGGCAGAUGUGGUGCUUAGGGCCAGGAUCGUGGGUCGCAAGAUCGUGGUGGGACACUUCAACCUGACGUCCCACGGACACCCCUUCCAGAUGGUUCUGCACCGAGUCAAGCAGAUCAAGAUCUACAAGGGGAUGGAGCUCCUGGGCGAGGUGACGCAACUCUACACCCCGACGAUGGACGGCCUCUGUGCACCCUCGCUGGACCUCAGCAAGACACAGUACGUCAUCACAGGGAAAAUCCGCGACGGCCGGGUGUCCGUGUCGGGGUGCGACUACGUGCAGCCCUGGGAAGGCCUCACGCUGUCGCAGAAGAAAAGCCUCAGCUAUCGCUACCGCAUGGGCUGCGAUUGCAAGAUCCGCGAGUGCCGGUCGCUGCCGUGUGGAGAGGGCUCCGCUGACGAGUGCGUGUGGACGGACCGCGUGGCGCGCGGCACUCACGCGGGCCACCAGGCCAAGCACUACGCCUGCGUGCGCCGCGGAGACGGCCCCUGCGGGUGGUACAAGGGCGGGCUCGCUCCGCCCAACACCGAGCUCUGCGAGGGGGCCUCGCCCUAGCGCGGAGCUCCGCGAGCGGGCCUCGACCCCCAGCGCGGAGCUCCGCGAGGGGGGGGGGGGGGCUUGACCUAGCGCGGAGAUCCGCAAACGGGCCUCACUCUAGCGUGGAUAUUAGUGAGGAGGGGGGGGGGUCCUCGCCCCCAGCGCAGAGCUCCGCGAGCGGGCGGUUUGACGUCGCGCGGAGCUCCGCGAGCGGGCCUCGCCCCCAGCGCGGAGCUCCGCGAGGGGGGCCACGCCUCCAGCGCGGAGCUCCGCUGAGAGGAGACGUGCGAGAGGGUAUUAUAUACGAUUCAAUUGGGAUUCAUAUAGCGUGUAAUUACAGCCGCAUAUUAAGAUGCCACGGUAGAGGCAGCGAGACAUGCACAUCGUGUAGACGUUAACAUAUGCAGUAUAGAUAGAGAGUCUCCGGCAGAGAGAGAGAGAGAGAGUCAUUGCCAGGGUAGAUGGGGGAGGUCUUGAGCCUGGACUUACACAUGGGGAAGGGAGUCGGCAGGAGACGGGGGGCUGCGGGAAGGGAGUUCCAUAUUGCGGGGAGCAAGAGAAAAGAAGGAAUCCUGGGGAGACGAUAUUCGCUGGCACCAGCAAUCGGCCUGGGACACAUUCUGGCAUUUCUUUACGCACGUGUGCAAAUUUCCCUACGGGAGUGCGCAUAUCAAAUCUCUUCGAAUCACGCGCGGUAAGGCGGUGAAGUUUCAAGUUUCAUUUAUUAGGUAUAGCCCUGUGAGCCAUGCGGAUCUCGAGUCGGGUGCAACCGCAACAAAUAAAAUAUGAACGGAGAACAUCUUAGAGCGGCGACGCGCAACAGAAACAUCCUGGAAGAAACCAGAAAAUUUCGAUUUAAAGCUUUCGUGACUGCAGGGAUUCAUCUUCUUGGUUCUUUCGGUAAAGUCACGUAG